CCGCGAGCUCGGGCCCCGCCGGCCCGGCAGCCCCUCCACGGGCGGGCCCUAUGAGUGUGUCCCUGGUGGUGCUUCGCUUGGAGCUGGCCGAGACGUCGCCCGUGCCGGGCAGCUUCCCUUACAGUGCGGCCGCCACUGACAUGUCUAAUGAGGAAAUCCAGGAGACAGCACUAGCUGCAGCCACAGCCUGUUUGGAAGGGAAGGCGCCGGUGGAGAAAGCGGCCAUAAUUCACCAGCAUCUCGGCCGCCGGGAGAUGACAGAUAUGAUCAUUGAGACUUUAAAGCCCAACUCAGAUGAGAUGAAAGCCGCCAUGGAAGAAGGCAAAGCUUCUGAGGCUUCCUCUCCAGAGGACCGAAGUAAACCUGGAGGCCAAAGUGUGGGAACAGCCCCCGAUUCACCCUCAAAGCAGCUUCCGGACCAGAUUUCCUUUUUCAGCGGAAACCCAUCUGUUGAAAUAGUUCAUGGUAUUAUGCACCUCUACAAGACAAACAAGAUGACCUCCUUAAAAGAAGACGUGCGACGCAGUGCCAUGCUGUGCAUUCUCACGGUUCCUGCCACAAUGACCAGCCACGAUCUCAUGAAGUUUGUGGCUUCUUUUUAUGAAGUCAUUGAACACAUGAAAAUAAUCCGAGACUCCACACCAAACCAGUACAUGGUACUGGUCAAGUUUAGUACACAGGCAGAUGCGGACAGCUUUUACAUGACUUGUAAUGGCCGGCAAUUCAACUCCAUAGAAGAAGAUGUUUGCCAGCUGGUCUAUGUGGAGAGGGCCGAAGUCUUCAAGUCAGAAGAUGGAGCCAGCCUUCCAGUCAUGGACCUGAUCGAGCUGCCCAAGUGCACAGUCUGCCUGGAGAGGAUGGACGAGUCCGUCAAUGGGAUUCUCACCACCCUUUGCAACCACAGUUUCCACAGCCAGUGCCUGCAGCGGUGGGAGGACACCACAUGCCCUGUGUGCAGGUAUUGCCAAACCCCAGAGCCUGUGGAGGAGAACAAGUGCUUUGAGUGUGGCGUCCAAGAAAACCUUUGGAUAUGUCUAAUAUGUGGGCACAUCGGGUGCGGACGCUACGUGAGCCGGCACGCUUACAAGCAUUUUGAGGAGACACAACAUACCUAUGCCAUGCAGCUAACCAAUCACAGAGUCUGGGACUAUGCUGGAGAUAAUUAUGUCCAUCGCCUGGUAGCAAGUAAGACUGAUGGGAAGCUGGUCCAGUACGAGUGUGAGGGAGACAUAUGUCAAGAGGAGAAGAUCGAUGCCUUGCAACUAGAGUACUCCUAUUUGCUAACAAGUCAGCUGGAAUCCCAGCGCAUCUAUUGGGAGAAUAAGAUUGUCCGAAUAGAAAAAGACACAGGUGAAGAGAUUAACACCAUGAAAACUAAAUUUAAAGAGACCAUUGAGAAAUGCGAUGCCCUGGACCGCAGGCUGAACGAGCUGAUCAAGGAGAAGCAGUCGCUCGAAAGGAAAUGCAGCCAGCUAAGCAACAAAGUGUCCAAGCUCACCACUGAGCUGAAGGAAGAGCAAGAGAUGAACAAGUGUUUGCGAGCAAACCAGAUCUUGCUCCAGAACAAGCUGAAGGACGAGGAGAAGCUGCUGAAGGAGACCUGUGAGCAAAAGGACCUGCAGAUCACAGAACUCCAGGAGCAGCUGCGGGACGUCAUGUUCUACCUGGAGGCCCAGCAGAAGAUCAACCACCUCCCCGCCGAGGCCAGGCAGGAAAUCCAGGAGGGACAGAUCAAUAUUGCCAUGGCGUCGGCAGCCGGCUCUUCCGCAGGGGGCGCCGGGAAGCCUUCGUCCCGGAAGGGGAGGGCCAAGCGGGGCAAGUGAGAAAGGGGGCCCAGGCGAUUGACCUCACCAAAG